AUGCUGCUGCCGCUGCUGCGAAGUAGCUGCUUCCCUUCCUCCUCUCCCGGCGGCGGCGGCGGCGGUGGCGGCGAGCGGGCGCUGGGCAGCCAGCCGGCCGAGCAGCUGCAGCGCGGGGUCGAGCUCGGGGCGGAGGCCGAGGGGGCGCGCGGCGGCGGCGGGCGCUGGGCCGAGCGGGAGCCGUAUGCGUGCAUGGAUCCGGGCGCCGCGCUGCAGAGGCGGGCCGCGGGCGGCGGUGGCGGCGGUGGCGGCGGUUUGGCCGUGGGCUCCCCGGCGCUGUCGGGCGGCCAGGCCCGCCGGAGGAAGCAGCCCCCCAGGCCGGCCGACUUCAAGCUUCAGGUCAUCAUCAUCGGCUCCCGCGGCGUGGGCAAGACCAGCCUGAUGGAGCGCUUCACCGACGACACCUUCUGCGAGGCCUGCAAGUCCACCGUGGGUGUGGACUUUAAGAUCAAAACUGUAGAGCUAAGAGGAAAGAAGAUUAGAUUACAGAUCUGGGACACAGCAGGCCAGGAGAGAUUCAACAGCAUUACCUCAGCUUACUACAGAAGUGCCAAGGGCAUCAUCCUCGUGUAUGACAUCACGAAGAAGGAGACGUUUGAUGACCUGCCGAAAUGGAUGAAGAUGAUUGACAAGUAUGCUUCGGAAGAUGCUGAGCUUCUCCUGGUGGGAAACAAGCUGGACUGUGAAGCAGACCGGGAGAUCAGCAGGCAGCAGGGUGAGAAGUUCGCACAGCAGAUCACCGGGAUGCGGUUCUGUGAAGCGAGCGCCAAGGACAACUUCAAUGUGGACGAGAUCUUUCUGAAACUUGUGGAUGACAUUCUGAAAAAGAUGCCUCUGGACAUCCUGAGGAAUGAGCUGUCCAAUAGCAUCCUCUCGUUACAACCGGAGCCCGAGAUCCCGCCCGAACUGCCUCCCCCCAGACCGCACGUGCGGUGCUGCUGAUCCGCUGCUUUGGAAACCACGUGGGCGCAGCUCCUGGAGAGGGAGAACGUGUUCUAUCCCGCACUACAAUCAUUUGACAAUUUCCUUUCGCACUUUGUAAUCCAAGUCAGAGCUAUACACUAACUUGUAAAUAUGCAAUACUGGGUAAGUUUUGGUUACACAUUACGUUUUCCCUCCAAAUGAUUAUAUUUCAUUCAUUACCCCAGUGUCUAGUGUACACACACUGGGAAGCGUAGUACUUCUAAUAUGAAGAAUGGGAGAAACGAAAGCUAUAUUUCUUAAAUACUUGUCCUUGUUAAUUAUACUAUAAGGACAGAAGAUAUUGUGGUAAGAAGAAAGGACAUGGUGCUUUGCUUACUGUUUUCAAGAAAACUUGUAGAAACUAAAGACUCGUUGGGGAAGAAAAAGCUAUCUCAAGAGCUUUUUCUUUAUUUACGCAACAUUUCCCCCAGCUGUAGCAUCUUUCAAGUGUUGGAGUGUUCCUGCGCCAAGCCAGGCUCCAGCCGUAGCCACCAUGGCAGGUUGUUGCCUAGUGACGGGCACGGCAGCGGAGGGCUGCACGUGGCAGGGCGGCCUCUGCCUUGACUCGAAAGCCACCGGCCACCCACGGUUUCCUGAUGGACGUCCCCUGUGCUUCUAAGAACUACGACGACUCAAACAAGGAAGAAGUGCUUUUGAAAUUACAGGAAAAAAAGAAAUUUAAAACAAAGCUGCUGUCCUGAACAAAUCCUGUUUCAAGGAGUUUUAAAGAGAUGCAUUUUACUCGAACAGAGAACACGUGUGUUUGCCUAAGCAUCCUGUUUCUUUGUGAUGAUGGAUUCUGCCCCUUACGGUGAGGCUCGUCCCUGUUAAGCCCAGACUCUGUUCGGGAUUUUUCGGUUUUUUUUUUUGGUCUGAUAAUGAAUUUGUGAACUUUUAUCUUUGGUAUAUCUUUUAUUAAACUGCACUGUUUUGUUUAGUCAAGGUAAAUAAGUAAUUCUGUAUUUGAAUAACUUGGCGUGUCUUGAGUGUUGUGGUAUGAGAAGCAUUGUGGUCUUUCUACACUAAUGAAGUGCAAAUAAAAUUUUGUAUUUAUGAAUGAC